AACGAGGCCAUCGGCACCGACUUCCAAGCGCUUUCAAGCAAUCCUCCGCAUGUGUUCAUGAAACUCCACAAAGAAAAAUUCGAGCGAGCGGUUCAAUCUGCCGUUCUCUUUGGCGGAGGCCGCCCAUCGAGGGAGUAGUACUUCAGCAGAUGGUGAUAAUUUCUCCAAGAACUUCUCAACGAGUGACAGUGCAACUACACGAUGACAGUCCAUUCGGAGGAAGUCUUUUCAGCGGAACAACAAACUCUCGUGCAGAUUCCCAUCAUUGAUGACAUGAGCGAGAAAAGAGCAUCACGAGUUUCAACGAACCAGAGCCUAUCGGCCAUAUCGGAAGAUGAUUUGGCCGAAGUGGAAGCCACAUCACCUAUGGCUCCGGAUGGAGGUUACGGAUGGGUGAUUGUGUGCGCUUCCUUUCUUUGUUUUUUCAUCGUCGAUGGCACCAUAUUUUCCAUGGGAGCCUUCCUCCUCGAGUGGGAGAAGCACUUCAAAAGCUCUAAAUCCCAAACCGCAUGGGUCGUGUCCCUCAUGUCAGGGAUGUAUCUCCUCGUUGGUCCCGUGGCUGGCGCUCUUUCGAAUGCUCUGGGCUGCCGGACCGUGGCCAUCAUGGGAUCCCUUACGGCGACGGCAGGUCUCGUGCUGGCCCAGUAUGCCCAGAGCAUGGAAUCGAUGUACCUGUACGCAGGAGUUAUGACCGGCAUCGGCUAUGGUUUCAUUUUCCUUCCCGCGGCAUGCACGAUCAGUUUUUAUUUCGAGAAGAAACGAGCCUUCGCUACUGGAAUAGCUGUUUGCGGUUCCGGUAUCGGCGGGCUUGUUCUCGGUCCCAUCAUGCCCUCGGCUCUCGACGCGUAUGGAUGGGAGAAAUCCAUGGUUUUCCUAGCUGCGAUGGCUGGCGGAUGCGCCUUCAUUGCGGCGCUCCUGAGGCCAUUAGACACCACGGUUGUCGAAUUGAUCGACGAGGAAGCUGUGGAGGAGAGUCGCGCCGAGCUCCGGAGCUCCCGUCACGGUAUCAACGCUGUAUCCAUCUUCAAGAGUCAGAAUGGGUCCACUCCUUCACUGGACACUAAGGACCCAAUUCUAGCGGCCAAGUUUCGUUCUAACUACGAGCUUCAUCGAGAGGGGAACGAAGGAUCGCGCAAUGACUCCAUACCUUCGAACGCCGCUGCUGAGCUCCAGAAGGUCGGCUCCGGCAAAAUCAGCGCGAGCCGCAAGUCGGUUGAUAUCUAUCGGAGCAAACUAAGCAUCGAUCAAGGGGUUUUGCGUAAGCGAGGUCUGUCGGUAGCGUCACUGUCAAACGGUGAACGUCGACUGACGAAUCCGGAUCUGAAACCUCUUCUGCGGAAAGACGUUUUCCUCAACGGAAGUCUGAUCCGAGUCCCCGAAUAUCGCUCCCAAGCAAAUAUCAGCAACUACCAUGCGAGCGUCAUUCAUCUCCCGACGCUCCUCGGUGAAGACCAGGAGCAGGUGUGGGGCUGCGUCCCGAAAGGCUUCGCUGAUAUGUUGAAGUCGAUCCUGUGCCUCGAUUUGAUGCGCAGCCCGUCGUUCCUCUUACUGGCCAUCUCGGGUUUCCUGACCAUGAUGGGUUUCUACAUCCCCUUCAUGUACCUCGCUGACGCCGCUCAAGGUGCGGGAAUCGAGAAGAACACGGCGGCCUACCUGCUCUCCACUAUCGGCUUCACCAAUACCGCGGGGCGCGUGUUCUGCGGUUGGGUAUCCGACAUGCCUAAUGUAGGCGCGCUUCUCAUCAAUAAUGUUGCGGUCAUGAUCGGGGGGAUUGCGACCAUACUCAUCCCGUUCUUCAUCAGCAACCUCGUGUGUCUACACGCCUACGCUGCUGUUUUCGGCUUUUCUAUAGCUUGCUUCGCCGCUCUCCGUUCCAUCAUCGUCGUCGAACUUUUCGGUCUCGAGAAACUCACAAACGGAUUCGGUCUUCUCCUGUUGUUCCAAGGCCUAGCCUCACUUGUCGGGGCACCCUUGGCCGGCUAUUUAUACGAUCGUACACUGGCGUACAACGUCCCUUUCUAUUUCUUCGGGACCCUGAUCUUUGUCUCGGGUUUGAUGUGUGUCCCCAUCAACCACUUGAUCAAAUGGGAGAAGCGCAGAGAGGAAACUGACGCAGAUUCGUCGCUCCGAGAGAAAAUCAAAGUGACUACUGUAGGUUGAGGAUGAGCGAAGAAGCCCACACCGGACUAAGAACUCUCUCGUCCUUUUGCGUUCAAUGAGUUCAGCCCUUAAAUUAAUUGUAUCGCAAGUACCUGACGGUCGUACGCGCCGCCGCAUGUGUAUGUUACAUCAAGAAACGCCCCGUACCCUGUCUCUGUAUGCCAUGCCCUCCAAUGUAAUAGAACUGGUCUCGGUCGCCGUUGAAUGAAUGGAGGCGGAAGUCUUGCGACCGAAGAGCAUCUAUAAAUGGAGGAUCGAUUGAAGUAAAU